AGUGUUAUUCAAGUAUAUGAAGCGAUAAUAGAGAGUUGAAUGCCAUUAGCAAUGGAAAAUCCUACACCAGAUAAAUGGAAAAAAACUGCCGAAGAAUUUUUUGAUAUUUGGAAUUUUCCUAAUUGUAUCGGUGCUCUCGAUGGGAAACACGUUAUCAUUCAAGCUCCCGCAGACAGUGGAUCUCAAUUUUUUAAUUAUAAGAAAACGUUUUCAAUAGUACUCUUAGCUUUAGUGGAUGCAUAUUAUAAAUUCAUUGCAGUAAACAUAGGCGGAUAUGGUAGGAAUAGCGAUGGAGGCCUAUUUGCUAGUUCUAAAUUGGUUGGCGAUGAGGCAUUUUCGUUAAAAAAAUAUUUGUUGAGAUCUUAUCUUGGUUCGCAAAUUCAGGAGGAUAGAUCAAAAAGAAUUCUCAACUACCGUCUCUCUCGUGCACGAAGAGUUUCGGAAAAUCCAUUCGGAAUACUGAGCCAAAAAUUUCAACUUUAUAAUCGAAGAUUGAAGUCAAAACCAGAAAAUGCAGAUAAAAUCGUUUCGACUACGUGCAUUUUGCAUAAUUAUCUCCGAGAUUGCAGAAAUAUUAUACAAGAUUUUGAGCAUAAUCAUACCACUGAACUUAAUUUGCAAAAUUUUCCACGACAAGGUGGAAGUGCUAAUCCAUAUAUUUUGGAUGGUUUGUUGCAUAUAACGGCACAUAGGCCUUAA